UGCAGCAGCUGCUGCCUUGACACAGACACUGGUACCUACCUAAAACUAAACCGAAUCGUUCACGGUCGAUUUUAUUUAUCAGCCACUUCGUCAGCCUGCCCGACCGCCUACUGUGGUCUGUGGCAGUGCGGCACUUUAUUUCCAAGGUUCGCCGUUGACGGUUGCUCUCCUUAUUUGUCAUUUCCCCUUUUUGUGUUAACUGUUACCUGAUUCGAUUCACGCCUCCGCAAACGAUAUCAUUGUCAAUAGGUGUACUUGGUUACCGACAAUAAUCGUUCUAGUAUUCCGGUAACGCCGUCUCUCCUUCCGCUGAGUAAUAAAAUAGUCGUCGUUUUGAGUCAUGGAGUUCCAGUUUAGCAUUAAGAAUGUGGCCACCGAAGAGGUGAUGAAGAUAGACAAUACGCUGACUCCCAUUGGGCACGAGCAAAAUGAAGAGUUGAAAAGCAAAAUGAAAUUGAUCAUUGAUGAAAUGGGAAAAGCUUCGGCUAUUGCUCAAGAAUUGAAGAUGCCCAUCACCAGCGGUGACAAGCUAGCCAAUUCUGAUCACAUUCUCUACAUGAUGACAGAACACGAUAAACCUGAGCAUUUUAGCGUUGUUGGGAUUUUGAAGAUGGGAUGGAAAAAAUUAUACCUCUAUAACAAAGAAGGCUCUCGGUCAGAAGCAAUGGUCUACUGUUUGUUAGAUUUCUACAUACAUGAGUCCAAACAGCGUAAAGGUUACGGAAAACGUUUGAUCGAAUGCAUGUUACAGGAUAUAAAUUUAGAAGCCAAACAUUUGGCUAUUGACAAGCCAACUAAAAAAUUAUUGCAGUUUAUGUGGAAGCAUUAUCAACUAUCCAAAUUGGUUAACCAAGGAAACAAUUUUGUAAUAUAUGAGGAAUUUUUUGAUGAUGCACUUGAUGAUAAGAAUCAUGACAAUAGUGGACAUAGAGCAGUAGCAUAUAAGCGGCAGCCAAUGUUUGGACGGCAUGGAGCUCAUAAACAUCAUGAUACAAUGGGCGAGAUAGUUCAAGGUGAUGGUGAUGCUGCGUCUGUGAAGUUUAAGUACAACCACGAUACAGAGUUUGUGGAUAGCCAGUUCAAAGAAACGAAUCCACAUCCUGAAAAUAGUAAUGUAUUCAAAACUGACCAGGAUGGAAACUCUGUGAAGCGAGAUCUUAAAUUUCAUCACAACUCUCUGUGGUAACCAAAAGUAUCAGUGUAACCAAAUAAUUGUGCUGUAUUCCAAUCUUCAUCCACGAGUUCAAUCUUAUAGAUAUUUUUGUUUUAUUCUAUGUGGAACAGCUUAACCAAAAUGCAACUUUCAAAUAGCACUCUUAUAUUAUGUACUUUACUUAAAUAAUAACCAUCUAAAUUUUUUGUGACAAAUUAUUUAUUUUUUUAUGUAGUCUAUUCAACGCUAACAAGAUGCUUCUAACUUUUUUGUGAGUUCUACAUUUUAACAAGGCUGAUAAUAUUGUUUAAUUUUACUUUUUUUAUAUUGAGCUUUUGUACAUGUUUACAGACAAUGGCUCCAAAUAGCAUUCUAAUAAAUAUAUUUAGUUUUUAAUUCAAAUGA